GGUGCUGUGUGUGGCAUGGUUGCCAGGCACUUGGUUUUUAAACUUUGGGAGGGAGAAGCAGGAAUCAAAGGUGCCUCUACCUCCUCUGUCCCAAUACAACCAUCGACUGCUCUAACAUAUCCAACUGAGGGCAGUCACCGAGUGGAGUUCAUAGUGGGCCAGGCUGAGCAGCUGGAGGCUGUCCUGUCCAAAGUGCAGACAAUUCCAGAGGUUUCAUCUGUUGUGACUCUCCCUGCCAGGGCUGAAGGUGAGGACCAGACACGAGUUAGUCUGAACUGUACUGAAAAGGCAAUGCAGGAUGUAGUGGCGUUAUUAUCCCAGAACGGCCUUUAUCGCAAGACUGAGAUCUUGUUGUUACAGAAGCCUCUGCUUCCACAGACUGGAAUGGGACGUCUAUGCAAAUUGAGCGAGCCAGCUUCCCUGUCAGCCUUAAUUGAACGAAUCAAAAACUACCUAAAAUUGUCUUACGUCCGCCUGGCCCUUGGUGUGGGAAAGACAUUAGAAUCCCAAAUAAGGACAGUUGCUGUGUGUGCUGGUUCUGGAAGAAGUGUCCUGCAGGGGGUGGAAGCUGACCUCUAUCUCACUGGAGAGAUGUCCCACCAUGAAGUGCUGGAUGUUGUUGGCAAUGGGAUAAGUGUGAUUCUGUGUGAGCACAGUAACAGCGAGCGAGGCUUCCUGUUGGAGCUGCGAGACAUGCUGGACACCCACCUAGAAAAUAAAGUUAACAUCAUUGUGUCAGAAAUCGAUAGAGACCCUCUUCAACUGGCAUAGAAGAAAGCAAAGGUCACCGCAUGGAGUCUAGAAUAAUUGGACAAUACUGUCUCUCCUAUGCUUAGGGAAAUAUAUCUGAUAAAUAAAGAAAAAUACUGUUGUUUUUUUUCAGGCUCACAAAUUAAAGGCUUUUUCAGUGCUUUACUCUGCUGUACUUCACUAGGGAUAGGAGAGAAAGUAAGUACAUCAGCACUCAAGCAACAUGUAUUGGAUAAUAAGAAUACUUAAAUUCAGUUGACGAAAAUACAAUAGUGAGGCCUCCGUGUUUUAAGUUUACUUAAUUUUACUAGGGCUAGAAAGUUAGUCCCAAAUCACAACUGGACUAGUGGCAGCAAAUUUCCUGGUAAACUUUAAAUUACUUUUAUAUUUAUAGGUCAUUAAUAGACUCUAACUAUCUCCCUACACUUUGGCAUUAGCUUUGUAGAAGGCAGCAAGGGUAUUUAGUUGCAAAAAUAGUGUUAAUGUGAUGCUAAGGCAGAUUGUUUACAUCUGCAAACAUGAGAAAUUUCAGCUUGUUUUAUUACCUGCAUUGUAGACAGAAAUUAAAAUGUUUGCGUUCUUAUCUUUAAA